AUGCACACAGUGUUUUCGAAAGCCACCCUGCUAAGGGCACUCUGUUGUCUCGCGUUUGUCUGCAAUUUGUCGGAUGGAACGGCUGAGCACUCACUGGACGAAAAGGACACUAACCAGCUGGAAAAACAUCAACAGGACGCGAGGGCAGGACCAUUCGACGUGAGGCCUCCGUUGCCAGUAAGUUCCAGCGAAAAACCGACCACACCGGAUCAACCGCUAGGUGGUGCAGCUGGCUUACUGGGUGGUUCUGGCCUACCAGAACUGGGCUCCGGAUCGCAACAAUCGCCUGUACAGUCCUCGCUGAUCAUUGGAGCGUUUCAAGCCAUCAUCACGCCGUUCAAUCCUGGUAUGCUCGGCUCGGUUAUAGGGGCUCUCGGUGGAGCAGGUGGAGGUGGUGGUGGUGCCCCUGGCUUGCCGUCCUUUCCCAUCGGCUCUAAGCCACAGUAA